AUGGAGCCUACCCUUCGUUUGUGUCAAAAUCAUGGAACACCUUGCCAUGAACCAGCAGUAUAUCGCAGACUUGUUGGACGUCUUUUGUAUCUUACAAACACUAGGCCUGACAUCUCCUUCGUAGUUCAACAACUCAGUCAGUUUGUAGCUCAUCCAAUGCAAUCCCAUUUUGAUGCAGCCACUCGUGUAAUGAGGUAUCUUAAAGGGUCUCCAUGCAAGGGAAUUCUCUUUCCUUCUCAGAAUUCUUUGCAUUUAUCCGGGUUCACAGAUGCAAAUUGGGCAACAUGCCCGAAUACAAGAAAGUCUACAACCGUAUUUUGUGUUUUUCUAGGCUCAUCUUUGAUUUCUUGGAAGUCCAAGAAGCAAAGUACAGUCAGUCGUUCUUCAGCAGAGGCUGAGUAUCGUGCACUCGCUACUUUGACAUGUGAGGUGCAAUGGUUGACCUAUCUUCUUCAUGAUCUUCAUAUUCCAAUUUCUGCUCCAGCUAUGAUCUAUUGUAGUACAUUUAGCACACAACCCAACAUUUCAUGA